AUGGUGAAUGCGCAAAGGAAAGAUUGGUAUGAGAAUUUAGAUGAUGCGUUGUGGGCAUAUAGGACUGCAUAUAAGACACCAAUAUGGACUUCUCCCUAUCACAUAGUAUUUGGGAAAUCAUGUCACCUUCCGGCGGAAUUAGAACAUCAAGCAUAUUGGGCAAUCAAGAAGCUGAAUUUAGACCUCGAGCUAACCGGUAAAAAGAGAGUGAAUCAGCUGCAUGAACUUGAGGAGUUUAGGUUCCACACGUAUGAGAAUGCCAAGCUAUACAAAGAAAAGACAAAGAGGUGGCAUGACAAACAUAUAGUAGCUUGCACCUUCAAGCCGGGAGAUAAGGUACUACUAUUUAACUCUAGACUAAGGUUAUUCCCCAGAAAACUAAGGUCGAAGUGGAGUGGUCCUUUAGAAGUGGUCAGAAUGACACAACAUGGGGUUGUUGAACUUAAAGGUAAGACUGGCCUUACAUUCUUGGUAAAUGGGCAAAGGGUGAAACACUAUUUCGGUGAGGAUUCGGAUCGUGAUCGGGAAGCUCUUGAGCUAAAUCAUGAAUGA